AGGCGAUGAGGCGGAGCGAUGAUGAUGAUGAAGGGGAAGGCUUGGAGGGAGUCGUAAAGGGCGCCUUUCCUCCCAAGUGCUCAGCCCCCCCCCGGGGGGAAGGGUGGGUGUGCGCGCGCAUGGCGGGCGGGGCCGCUUGGCCUCCUCCUCUUCUUCCCCCCCCCUCCACGAUCUGCUUCACAACAGCCCCGCAAGGGAUGAUCCGAACAGAGGAGGGAGCUUUCAGCCCUGAGAGUCCCUGCAUUUGAAACGCCCUGGACAGCUGUGGAGAUCCUUCGCUUGCGAGGCGUAACUGGCCGACCGUCGCCAUGUGGAACCAGCCGGUUCUGGUGGAAUCUCUGGUGGUGUUUGCCAUUGUGCUUUGCGUGCACAGCGUGGUCUGGGACCGCUUCUCGUGGUCCGCUCUCGUCCUCGCCGUCCAAGCCUUCUACAUCCAGUUUAAGUGGGACCAUCUCCUUCGUCUGGGUGGGGCCGUCUUCCAGUUCCGGACCACGGCCAACAGCGGCCUCCUCCCCUCCUGCAUGGUGAUUCCUCUGCUGGGCAUCGUGAUGAAGGAAAGGUGUCGAGUGGCUGGCAUUGUGUACUUCGAGCGCUUGGGCAUUAUCGUGGCCUCCACCGGCAUGAUGAUCGCCCUCUUCCUGUCGGUGAUCGCCUUGGGCAUUACCAAGCCGGUGCCAACCAACACCUGCGUGCUGUCCGGGAUUGCCGGGACGCUGAUCAUCUACACCAUGAAACAUUCCUUGACCGUCUCCGAAGUGAUCGAAGUCUUGGAGGUGUUGCUCAUUUUCGUCUACCUCAGCAUGAUCCUGCUGUACCUGUUGCCUCGGUGCUUCACCCCCGGGGAGGCCCUGCUCAUCCUCACCGGCCUGAGUUUCGUCCUCAACCAGCUCAUCAAGCGCUCUCUGAACGUCAGCGAGAACCGAGGGAGUCCCGUGGACUUCUUCCUCCUGGUCGUGGUGGUGGGAGUGGCCCUGCUUGGCCUGUCCUUCGCGGUGCUCUUCUUCUUCAUGGAUUCCACCACCUGGACCUCUUCCAUGUUUUUCCACAUGAUGACCGCCGUCCUGAGCCUCGGCGUGGUCAUGCCUUGGCUCUACCGCCUGAUCCGCAGGAACCCCUUGAUGUGGCUCUUCCAGUUGCUCUCCCAAACCCAGAUCAGAAUUCACCUGCUGUGCUACUGGACCUUCCUGGCUGCUCUGGCCUGCGCGAUAGUCCUCUACCAAAACACUAAGCGGUCCUCCGGUUCGAAAAAACACCAAGCUUCCAUCGUCACCCGGAAGUACUUCCACUUCAUCGUGGUGGCCACUUACGUCCCGGGACUGAUCUACGACCGCCAACUGCUGUACGUGGCAGCAGUCAUCUGCCUGGCCAUCUUCAUUCUGCUCGAGUACGUCCGCUACUUCACCAUCAAGCCCUUCGGGCAGACGCUCCGGCAAUUGCUCUCACUCUUCUUAGACGAGCGGGACAGCGGGCCUUUGAUCUUGACUCAUAUCUACCUUCUGCUUGGGAUGUCCUUCCCGGUGUGGCUGGUGCCGAGGCCGUGCGCCCCCAAAGGUGCCUUGACGGGGGCAGGAGCCCUGGCUCCCUACUCUGGGGUUCUGGCUGUAGGCGUGGGGGACUCGGUGGCCUCCAUCUUUGGCAGCGCGAUGGGGGAAGUCAAAUGGCCCGGAACCAAGAAAACUUUUGAAGGGACCAUGUCGGCCAUAUUUGCCCAAAUCAUUGCGGUUGCUCUGAUUGUGAUUUUUGACACUUCUGUGGACCUGAACGCCAGCUACUCCUGGAUCUUGAUCUCGAUUACCCUGGUGUCAUUUUUAGAAGCCUACACCACCCAGGUGGACAAUCUACUCCUGCCUCUCUACCUCCACAUCCUGCUAAUGCUUUAGCUACCCUGGAAGGGGAUAAAGUUCCUUCCGCGCUCCCCACCCCCACCCCCGGGAGCAUAAUCAGAUACACCCAUGCUCUGUUUCUUUGGUGUCUUUGGCCCAGGGUGGCAAAAAGUGACACCACAGCCCCUCCCUGUAAGUGAUUGCACGUUAAUUAUUUAAAGCUGAAAUAUAAUGAGGCUGUUCUUUGUGGUCUGUUUGUUUUUCCCACGGCUUCUGCAAUAUAAUACGCAGCAAUUGCCACACAAACUGUGAGUGGCAAUCCUCCAAGGGGUUGUUUUGUUUUGUUUUUUUUAAGCAGGAGGGGUUUGUUCAAGCAGUCAAAGGGCUGGACUUGAAGCCAGCCACCCCACCCCACGUUCUAGCCUCUGCCUUAGGCACGGAAGCCAGCUGGGUGACUUUGGUCCAGUCUGUCUCAUCUCACCCCUUCGAAGGAGGAGGGAAGACAAACCAAAGAAGGAAAAUUUUCAAUUUUAGCAAGGCUUAUGCUGACAAAGCAGGAAGUGAAGCCCUAACUGAUUUGAGACAAUGGUUACAUCUCUGUUACAGGUUACUGGAUAAAUUUUAAUUUUUCUGAUCUCUUGAGGAUCCCGAUCAGGAUUGUACGUCAGCAAAGCGGGGCCUUUUUAAAAUUAUCGGGAGGCUAUUCGAAGCAAAACGAAGCCAUUGGAGGUUUGAGACAUCCAUUUUUCCCAUCAACACCCACCCACCCCACCCCCAUGUAUCUCUCCAAGCCAAACACAGCCCCAUCCCAAGGGUCUUGUAGAAGACGGCAGAUCCUGAGCACCACAGAGAGGCAAGGUUUGGGGGAAUCUUUCCUCCAGCUAGCU